CCGCCCCCUGCCGUCGUCCUGGGCGGUGCGCGUCGCCAGCCUCCGCGCCAGUCGCUGACAUCCGCGGUGCUGCGAGCUUCUCCCGUGCAACCGAGACAGGACUCCUGAAUAUAUUUGAAAACUGAAUCAUUUCAGCCAAGCCGAAGCAUCCAGUCAGAGGCGCAAACCCAGCUCAGCUGAGCCACAACAGAUAUAAAUCAUCAUGGUGAAAGGCCACAUAGGCGGCUGGAUCCUGGUUCUGUUUGUGGCCACGUGGAGUGACGUGGGCCUCUGCAAGAAGCGGCCAAAGCCCGGCGGAGGAUGGAACACUGGGGGAAGCCGGUACCCAGGGCAGGGCAGUCCCGGGGGCAACCGCUACCCACCCCAGGGCGGGGGCAGCUGGGGUCAGCCCCACGGGGGCGGCUGGGGACAGCCCCACGGGGGCGGCUGGGGUCAGCCCCAUGGGGGCGGCUGGGGACAGCCCCAUGGUGGAGGUGGCUGGGGUCAAGGUGGUGGCACCCACAGUCAGUGGGGCAAACCCAGUAAGCCGAAAACCAACAUGAAGCACAUGGCCGGAGCCGCGGCGGCGGGGGCGGUAGUGGGGGGCCUCGGCGGCUACAUGCUGGGGAGCGCCAUGAGCAGGCCCCUCAUUCAUUUUGGCAAUGACUACGAGGACCGCUACUACCGCCAAAACAUGGACCGCUACCCCAACCAAGUGUACUACAAGCCAGUGGAUCAGUACAGCAGCCAGAACAACUUCGUGCACGACUGCGUCAACAUCACGGUCAGACAGCACACGGUCACCACCACCACCAAGGGGGAAAACUUCACGGAGACCGACAUGAAGAUAAUGGAACGCGUAGUGGAGCAGAUGUGCGUCACCCAGUACCAGAGAGAGUCGGAGGCCUACUACCAAAGAGGGGCCAGCGCCUUCCUCCUCUCCCCGCCUCCCGUCAUCCUCCUCAUCUCGCUCCUCGUCCUCCUCAUCGUGGGUUGAGGAGGGCCUUCCGGCCUUCUCUGUCUUCUUCCUCUUUUACAGGUUGGGGGAGGGGGUGUCUACCUAUAGCCCUUUAGUGGUGGUGUCUCAUUCCUGCUUCUCUCUGUCACCCAUAGGCUAAUCCCCUUGGCACUGAUGGCCCCCGGAAGUGUAGAGCAGACCCAGGAUGCUAUUUAUUCGAGCCGGUGCGAUGGAGCCCCUCAUGGGCCGGUGCUGGUGCUGGGCUGGGAAUAACAAGAAAUAAUAAUCAUUGGUUGAUCUAGGGCUUUUUUUAGGGGGGGGGGGGUUCUAGUGCAGCAGAUUGAGGCUAAAACAGUUCUCAAAAACGCCAUCAAAUACCUUCGCCUAAAUACCUCCGGCUCCUUCCCCAGCUGGAGCUUGGUAGUCUAAUGCCCUAUCUUAGCAGUGAUUUCAUAGGGGACAUUUUUGUUACCCAUUUUAAGAGAACCUGACUGCAUUUCCCUGUUCCAAGAGCAUCUCUGCCAAAUUUGGAAGGAGGCCACAUGAUACUCAUUCAAAAAACAAAACCAGAGAUCCUUACUUAGCUCCUGGGCCCCGGCCCAGUGCGCCAGAGAGCGUGUGCCCUGUGUCUGCCUGCACAGAACUGGGGCAGCAUCUUGCAUCUUGCAGCGUGGGCUACACAGCAGCUAUUGUAUCAAGCAGCACCAGGCCUCGGCAGAGGAGGGUUUCACAGGGAAUGAACCUAACCAACAAUACGAAAAUACUAAAAAAACCCAACACUUGGGAAAAGCGCCCUUGGAGGCGAGCUCCCAUAUUGGACGUUUAAAGCACCCACUCAUGGCAUCCUUUCUUUCAUAACGUAAACUAUAGAGAAUUAGGGCAGUAAAAAAUUGAACCGCUUUCUGGACACUGAGGGCAAAUCUUUGUUCAUUUACUUGGGAACCAGAACAAUGAUGACAUAGAGGAAGGUGCAGCUUGAAAAUUCCGUUUUCUCCCAGAGCAUUACGUAAUGAAGAAAAUGAGUAGACAAAAGAAGUGCUUGCAUUUCUCCAUUGGUGUCUCAUACUUGUCAAAAGCCAGAAUUAUGUCAGAAACUAGAAAUUAGUUCUAGUUUCUAUAACCAGCUUUGGAAUCAAAGGAUGGAAGGCCAUCCCCCAAAAAUACCUUAGGUGGCAGAUGACAGUAAUAUCCAUUCAGAGUGGAAAAAAGGAAUUCUGUUACUGUUAUUUACGGUAAAUUAUUGUCUAGAUCAUUCAUUAUUGUCACCUAGCUGAUAAAUUACCAUCCUACAAUGUUACUGGCUUGCACUGUGCGGGUAUUUGAUGUAAAAAAAAAUUUAUUAUGUAUAUUGUGUAUGACAAACUUAGAAAUUUGGGUUAGAGAAGUUAACAUCUAUCUGAUCGAUUGCACUACCUGUUUUUGUAAGGUACUAAGUAUUUAAUACGUAGAAAACCCUUUUGCGUGGUCCUCAGGCUUACAUGUGCACUGAAUAGUUUUGUAUGAAGAUCCACGGUGGAUCUUUGAAAUAUGCAUGUACUUUAUAUUUUCUAUAUUUGUAACUUAGCAUGCACUUGUAUAAAAAAUUGUAUAAAUGUUCGAUAUCUGGCCUAGAAUUAAACAGGAGCUAAGUGAG